CCUACACCUCCUCUCUUCCUAACAUACCUCCAACAUCAUCUCCCCCACCGACUCAUCCUUGUUUCAACAAAUGGUUCUUGUACUAGUAAAACUUAUUAUUCCUUGUAUUAAUUGUAGUUGGAGUGACGUACUACCCACCACUAAAAACCAUUGGAUUUACACUCCCAAAAGUCAAGCUUAUUAUUACUCCUCACCAUUAUUAAGUUUCUUUGCAAAGAUCGUUUUCCUUUUAAGUGAAUCCCAUUUUAGGUAACUCUGCGAUUCCUUUUUAAGUUCAUAAUUUGCUGCUAAGUUCACCAUUGAAGAAUUUUUCAAGCUUUCUAAAGGUUAGCCAAAGAAUCUUUCAUUACCUUCCUUUUGCCAUAACUUUCAAAUCUUUUCAUCAUAUUCAUGGAGAAUUAUAACUUGUUCUUUAUACUAUUAUGGCUUCCAUGGAGUUUCUUCAUAUUAGGUGAUUCUCAAUUACUAAACUCUCAAACCCAAGCUCUUCUUCAACUAAAGAAGCAUUUAGAAUACCCAAAACAGCUUGAUAGCUGGUAUGAUAGAAGAACAAUGUUUUGCUUUUUACCACCAUCUUCAAAAGUAAACAUUUCAUGCGAGUUCCACUCAGUAACUGAGUUGAAAAUUAUGGGUGAUAAGCCUUCCAUUGAAGUCACUGAUUUUCAUGGUUUCCCAAUCCCAAAUCAAACAUUAUCACUUUCCUUUUCAAUGGAUUCUUUUGUUACAACUUUGACAAGGUUGACAAGCUUGAAAGUUCUUAGUUUGGUUUCUUUAGGAAUUUGGGGUCCUCUCCCUAAUAAAAUCCAUAGGUUAUCAUCACUUGAGUGUUUAGAUUUGAGUUCCAAUUUCCUUUUUGGUUCAAUCCCUCCUAAAGUUUCAACAAUGGUGAAGAUUCAAACACUUGUGUUGGAUGAUAAUUUCUUCAAUGAUACAGUCCACGUGUUUGAUUUUACGUCUAACUUAACAAGUUUGAGCUUGAAGAACAACAAGUUGAAGCAAGGUCCAUUAGAUUUCACUAGUUUAACACAUUUGAAAGUGUUGGAUUUGAGUGGAAACAGAUUGUAUUCACAUUUACCAACAAUUCCCAAAGGUUUGAUUAUGGUUUCCCUCAAUAGAAACUCCUUCGAUGGUGAAAUCCCAACACAAUAUACCCUUUUAACACACCUUCAACACCUUGAUAUCUCAUUCAAUAACCUCAUCAGUAUACCUCCAGCUUCACUUUUCUCAUUGCCAAACAUCAGUUCCUUGAAUUUGGCAUCAAAUAUGUUGAGUGGAUCACUUGGAUACUACAAUCUAACAUGUGGGAACAACCUUGAGUUUGUUGAUAUAUCAGACAAUAGGCUAACAGGGAGUUUACCUUCAUGUUUGAACUCUGAAUCAGGCAACAAAGUUGUCAACUUCAGUGGCAACUGUUUAUCCAUUGAUCAUCAUCAUCAGCAUCCAUUAUCAUAUUGCAGAGAUAAAGUUCACAAGGAUCAAAGCACUCAAAAUGCCAAUGGCUUAGGUGUUUCAGUCAGUCUCAUCGUAGGCAUAGUUGUUAUCAUUGUCCUUUUGGGUAUUGCCUUUGUAAUCAUUUGCAGACAUUACUGCCAUCGACGGAUAUCAGAGCAACAUUUGCUGCACAAAUCAGUACAUGAAAACUCAGCAACAGGGUUCUCUUCUGAGAUACUAAACAAUGCAAGGUACAUUUCUGAAACUACUAAGUUAGGGACUCAAGGUCUCCCACCAUGUAGAUCAUUCACUUUGGAAGAGUUAAAUGAAGCCACAAACAACUUUGAUAACUCUGCUUUUCUGGGUGAAGGUUCAUAUGGAAAGCUUUAUAAAGGAAGAUUGGAGGGUGGAAGCCAAGUUGCUAUAAGGUGCCUGCCAACAACAAAGAAAUACUGGAUUAGAAACCUCAAACUCAGGCUAGAUAUGCUUGCAAAGAUUCGCCACCCGCAUUUGGUUGCCAUUCUGGGGCACUGCAUUGAAGUUAAACAAGAUGACGGCAGUGUCAACAGGGUCUUCCUUGUUUAUGAAUACAUUCCUAACGGGAAUUUUCGUUCUUAUCUCUCUGAGAACUGUGUUGGAGAGGUUCUGAAUUGGUCUGAACGACUGGCGGUUUUAAUCGGUGUUUGCAAGGCAGUGCAAUUCUUGCAUACCGGAAUUAUUCCUGGUUUCUUUCACAAUAGAUUGAAGACCAACAACAUCUUGCUCAACGAGCACCGGAUGGCGAAACUCAAUGACUACGGUUUGUCGAUUAUCUCCGAAGAAACCAACAACAAUUAUAAGGUAAAAGGAGAGGAUCCUAAAUCAUGGCAAAUGACGAGAUUAGAGGACGAUGUUUACAGCUUUGGCCUCAUCUUGUUGGAGACGAUGAUUGGAUGCUCCCUAGCUGCUAAAAAGGAAGGGACUCUACGAGAUGAAUUGGCAUGUUUAAGCAAGCAGGAAGGGCGAGGAAGGUUGAUGAAUCCAGUGGUUUCAGCUACAGCCUCACAAGAAUCAAUAUCAAUAGUGAUUUCAAUAACAAAUAAGUGCAUUUUCCCAGAAUUAUGGAGCCGCCCAUCUUUUGAGGACAUUCUUUGGAAUUUGCAGUAUGCAGCUCAAGUUCAGGACCAGAUUGUGAACAAAGAUUAAGCUCUGUAUAGUUUCAUUGCUUUUUCAAAAAAUAUGUUUCUUCUAAUUCUUUGAUUUAGGAGGCUGUAACAGGUGAAUAGAAAUAAAAACUAUAAAAAAUAAAUAAAUACUCCCAUUCAAACUUUA